AUGGAAAGUAAAACUGCGUUCAUUUUCCGAGUUGUGCUAUACGGUUUGGUGGCCUCUGUGUUGACCCAGACCCCCAGUGAAGAUGUGCGACAAUUACAAACUAUCGAAGUGUCCAUAAAUCGCAAUGCCAACCCUUGUGUAAAUUUUUAUGAAUAUGCCUGUGGCAAUUGGUCUGCCAGCCAUCCCAAUGACAUCGAGAUGGAUUUAGAAUCUGUGAUUCGGCAAAAACAUGUUUUGGAUUAUAUGCAGUUUAUGGCCGAGGAAUAUCCUCUACAGGAGUUCGACGCAGAUUAUCAGCAAAAUUUCGUCGACAAGACAUUGGCCUAUUUCUAUUCAUGUAUUGCGGAAUUUGAAAGCUAUGAUGUUUUGAAAUAUUUGGAAGAGAUAAAACCUGGCGCCGGCCUGGAAUGGCCUUUGGUGGAGGUAAUGCAACGUCAGCGCAAUGGUAAACCCUAUGUGGCUCCCAACGUUUGGCCAGUGGGGAAAUUUCACUUAUUUACCCUGCUGGGUAAGUUGAGUAGUUACGGAUUCGAAAGUGGCCUUAUUGACUAUGCAUGGGUGGAGAUGAAGGGCAGGCAGGUUAUGAAGAUAUGGGUCCCCGAAUUACCGGAACUGCAGAAGAAUUUGCUGAGAACAAUUUUACGUGAAAUGAAGCUACCCAAACGUCUGAUACGAAAAUAUUAUUUAGAUAUGAUAAGACUGCAUCAAGAAUUGCAGGGAUUUUUGGAGACAUAUAUGCAGGAUGAGGAAUCGGAUCAUGUGGAAUAUGAAAUACCCUAUCGAGGGCUUAAACAUGACCUGCAACAUUUGUAUCGUUUUAUAAGUCAAAUUGAUCCGCCCAGCAAACAUAAAACGCACAGUGUGGCCUUUAUUUCCGAUGUGGAUUAUUUCGCUAAGUUGUUGUUGGAAUUCCGCAAUCCCCAUAAAGUCCAAAGGCUGUGUAAUUAUCUGAUGUUGCAGUUUUUAAUUUAUCUGAAAUAUACCCAGCCGGAAAAUUGUUUCUACACCAUUAAAAAUCGUCUACAUUUGCCAUUCGAUUAUCUCUAUUCGAAGUAUUUCUAUCAUCCUCAGGCUGAGGAGUAUAAUAGCCACCUAAGUCUAUUGAGUACGAAGAUUUAUCGGAAUAUUUUUGGGCUAAUUAAAGAAAAUCGUUUAGAUUUAUCAGCGGAUCAGGUGAAGGAGCUGAAACAACAACUACUCAACAUAACCUCAAAUAUUGGAAAUUUGCCCGAGAACAUAAAUUUCCAGCUGCUUGAGGAAUUAUAUGGCAAUCUGCCGAAUAUGGAUGCGGAAAAGUUCUAUAGUAACGACCUGCAGGCAUUGCGCCAUCAAAACUGGUUACGUUACCACUGUCCUUCCAAGGUGAUAUGCAUUCCGCAAUUCCCCGUCCUACCCCGCUACGAUGUCAGCAAUAAUAAUGUGGUCAUACCCUUUGCUGCCCUGCAGACUCCCGUCUAUCACCUCGAUUUGGAUCCAAUAUUUUCUCUCUCAACCUUUGGUUUCCUAUUGGCUCAAAGCUAUGCCCAGUCCAUAAAUGUCGAUAACCUACAACAUAUAAGCGAACGCUUUGAACACCUCCAACAACAUCCGAAUAUCAAAUGUAUGCAGCAGCAAGAACCGAGUGAUUAUAUCGAUGAACGUAUUGCCGAUUUAAUGGGUGCCCGUAUCGCCUAUCAGGCCUAUGCCCAGGAAUAUAAAUAUAAUUUGCAGCCCAAAUUUACCACCAUACCCUGGCGACAAUUAUUUUUCCUAAAUAUGGCUCAGAUAUUUUGUUCCAAAAAUCCGGAAGAUUUGGAGGGAGGUGACAUGGAGGGUGAUACAUCGAUGACACGACUCAAUCAAAUUGCCAUGAAUUUGGAGAUAUUCGGUGAGGCAUUUCAAUGCCCGAUGGGUAGUGAAAUGAAUCCGGCAAGGAAGUGUAGAUAUCUUUAG